AUGCGUCUUCUCGACACCGCAGCUGUGGCGUUCGGCUUGUUCGCAGCCGCAACUGCCUCGCUGCAUCCUCGCCGAUCGUACGAAACCCACGAUUACUUCGCCCUCCACCUCGAUGAUUCCGCCUCCCCGGCCGACAUCGCCCAACGACUGGGCGCUCGCCACGAAGGCCAAAUCGGAGAGCUGGACGGUCACCACACCUUUUCCGUGCCGCGCGACGUCAACGGAGAUGUAGAUGCCAUGCUGGAACGGGCGCGAGUCCGAAGGAGACUGAGGCGGCGGUCCGGAGACGGCAGCGGCCUGGCGGAACCCGACGAGGGACUGGACGGCGUCCUGUGGUCGGAGAAACUGGUGCUGAGGCAGCGACUGCAGAAACGGAUGCCUCCGCCGGGGAACUUCCCGCGGGCGUCUGGCGACACCAAGGAGAAUCCCGAGGCCCUGAAGAUCCAGAAGAACAUCGCGUCCACGCUGCAAAUCGCCGACCCGAUUUUCAACGACCAGUGGCAUCUCUACAAUACCAAGCAACUCGGCCACGAUCUGAACGUCACGGGCGUCUGGCUGGAAGGGAUCACGGGGCAUAACGUCACCACGGCGGUGGUGGACGACGGGCUGGACAUGUACAGCAAUGAUCUGAAGCCGAAUUACUUCGCCAAGGGCUCCUACGAUUUUAACGAGAUGUCGCCGGAGCCGAGACCGCAGCUGGUGGAGGAUAAGCAUGGCACCCGGUGUGCCGGAGAGAUCGCGGCGGCGAGAAACGACGUGUGCGGAGUGGGCGUUGCGUAUGACAGCAAGGUGGCCGGCAUCCGCAUUCUCUCGAAACCCAUUGACGACCAGGACGAGGCGCUCGCCAUCAACUACGCCUAUCAAGAUAAUGACAUCUACUCGUGCUCUUGGGGUCCCAUAGAUGACGGAGCCACGAUGGAAGCGCCCGGCAUCUUGAUCAAGAAAGCCAUGGUCAAUGGCAUCCAGAAGGGGCGCGGCGGAAAGGGCUCCAUCUUCGUCUUCGCCGCCGGAAACGGUGCCUCGUACGACGACAAUUGCAACUUCGACGGAUACACGAACAGUAUCUACAGCAUCACCGUCGGUGCCAUUGAUCGGGAGGGCAAGCACCCUAGUUACUCCGAGUCUUGCUCCGCCCAGCUGGUGGUCGCCUACAGCAGUGGCCUGACUGAUUCCAUCCACACCACCGACGUCGGCACCAACAAGUGCUAUUCUCAGCAUGGUGGAACGUCGGCUGCGGGCCCCCUGGGUGUGGGUGUCGUCGCCCUCGCUCUCAGCGUUCGACCCGACUUGACCUGGCGCGAUGCCCAAUACCUGAUGCUGGAGACCGCCGUGCCGGUCCACGAGGACGACGGCAGCUGGCAGGUCACCAAGAACGGCCGGAAGUUCAGCCACGACUGGGGAUUCGGAAAAGUGGAUGCCUACUCGAUGGUCCAGAAGGCCAAGACUUGGGACCUCGUGAAGCCUCAGGCCUGGUUUCAUUCGCCGUGGUUGCGGGUGCAACAUGAGAUCCCUCAGGGAAACCAGGGCCUUGCCAGCUCCUACCAAGUGACCCCCAAGAUGAAGGAGAAGGCCAACAUCCAGAGACUCGAACAUGUGACCGUCACCAUGAACGUCAACCACACCCGUCGUGGCGAUAUCAGUGUGGAGUUGCGUAGUCCGGAGGGCAUUGUUAGCCAUCUGAGUACCGCAAGACGGUCCGAUAAUGAAAAGGCAGGCUACGUUGACUGGACCUUUAUGACCGUGGCGCACUGGGGAGAAUCUGGUGUCGGCAAAUGGACCGUCAUCGUCAAGGACACCGUUGUCAACGAGGACAUCGGACAGUUCAUCGACUGGCGACUGAACCUUUGGGGAGAAGCCAUUGACGGCGCCAAGCAGGCACUGCACCCUCUCCCCAACGAGCACGAUGAUGACCACGAUAUCGAGGAUGCCAUCGUGGCCACGACCAGCGUCCAGCCUGCACCAACCAAGACCGAUGCUCCUGGCGCACACACCGACGUCGCGGAUCGCCCAGUCAACGCGAAACCUACGCCGACUCCAGACAAGCCCACGCCGGCCGAGGAUACGCCGGCCCAAGAAGAGUCGCAUGCGCCCACGCCGGCGGAAACCACUUCCUCCAAGACCAGUGCCACGGAAGAGGCGGCGGCUGCGACCACGUCGUCCGAGAGCUUCCUGCCUGCCUUCUUCCCCACCUUUGGUGCCUCCAAACGCACCCAGGCCUGGAUCUACGCCGCGAUCGGGUCGAUCAUCGUCUUCUGCAUUGCUCUGGGCGUCUACUUCCAUGUUCAGCGCCAGAAGCGUCUGCGCAACGACCCCCGCGAUGACUACGACUUCGAGAUGAUCGAGGACGACGAAGACUUGCAUGCGGCCGGAGGACAAGGUGCCCGUACGCAACGUCGGGGCGGCGAGCUCUACAACGCGUUUGCCGGGGAGAGUGACGAAGAGCCAUUGUUUAGCGAUGACGAGGAGGAGCCGUACCGGGACCGGUCUGGCAGCGAUGAUCAGCAACGACGAGACAGCCCUCACGGAGAUCGACGAUAA